CCGCGCCGCCCCCCGCGCCAUGGCCGACUGGGCCCCCGCUGAGGAGCUGGAGUGCAUGAUGGAGCCCCAGGAGCUGGGCCUGGAGCAGCCGCUGCCCGCCCCCGAGCAGGGCCCCGGCGGCGAGGCCGAGCUGCCGGCCGCCGAGAUCUCCCUGACGCUGGUCACCGAGAUCCAGGCCGUGGACAGGAAGGUGGACACCCAGGCCGCCCAGCUGAUGAACCUGGAGGGCAGGAUGAGGAUGGCGGAGACGAAGCUGAUCGGCUGCGAGAAGACGGCGGUGGAGUUCGGGAACCAGCUGGAGAGCAAGUGGACGGCGCUGGGCACCCUCAUCCAGGAGUACGGGCAGCUGCAGAAGCGCCUGGAGAACAUGGAGAACCUGCUGAAGAACAGGAACUUCUGGAUCCUGCGGCUGCCCCCGGGGGCAAAAGGGGAAGUGCCCAAGGUCCCCGUGGCCUUCAACGACGCCUCGUUUAACUUCUCUGAGGAGGAGUGGAAGAGCCUCAACGAGUGGCAGAAGGAGCUCUACAGGCACAUCAUGAAAGGCAACUACGAGGCCGUCAUCUCCAUGGACGCUGCCAUUUCCAAGCCUGAGCUGCUGACACGGAUUGAGCAGGGAGAGGAUCCCAACGCUGAGGAUCAGGAGGACUCUGAGGGAGGAGAGACCCCCACGGACCCCAGCACUGAGUUUUUCUUCCCUGGGCCCGAUGACAGCUCAUGGGGUAAAUAUGAAGAGACUCUGGCUGAAAGCCACGAAGGCUCUGAGGAAGAGGAGAGCAUGGAGGUCCCUGGUACAUACGAACAGCCGUGCGAUGAGGAAGGCUCCGAGAGCCUGGAGCUUUCCAGGUCGUUGACAGGAAAGUGGGAAGAGGUUUUCUCCAACCCGGAGGAGGAGGUGCAAUCGAGCAGCAAGAGCCAGAGCGGGUCGGCCCCGCCGCAGCGAACGGCGACGGGCAACGGGCUGAGGCGCUCCGUGCGCCGCGGGAGAGACUUGGCCAGGAAGGAUCCCGAGGAGGCGGCGGCCGACAAGGGGCCCUACAUCUGCUGCGAGUGCGGCGAGAGCUUCCUGGACAAGCAGCUCUUCGCCACCCACCAGAAGGCGCACGCCAGCGAGGAGGCCUGCACAUCCCUGGAGCGCGGCGAGAGCUUCCGGCAGAAAUCCAAAGCCAAGGGCCAGGGCCCCUCCCGCUCCAAAGCGUCCAAGCGCCCCGACGGAGAGAAGAGCUCGGGAUUCAAGUACGGCUUCGUCAGGCACCAGGUGAACAACAUGGUGGAGAGGCCCUACACCUGCUCCCAGUGCAAGGAGAGCUUCAGCCUGGAAGUGAGCCUGAUCCUGCACCAGAAGCUGCACACGGGGAAGGGCGACGGGCCGCUGACGUGCACCUACUGCGGGAAGGACUUCCGAGACCUCUCCAAAGCCAUCCGCCACCAGCGCAUCCACACCGGGGAGAGGCCCUACCAGUGCACCGAGUGCGGCAAGAGCUUCAUCCGGCGGGACCACCUGCUCAAGCACUGGCGGGUGCACACCGGGGAGACCCCCUACCAGUGCCCCGUCUGCGGGAAGCACUUCCGCUACAAAGAGUCCCUGAAUUGCCACCAGAAAAUCCACUCCCGCAACCCGCGGCCCGGGGAGGAUUCCCAGCACAACCUGGGCUCGGCGGGCACCCAAACCGACCACUUCUGCGUGAAAAAAGAGACUAAGCAUGUUUCCAUUCUGAAUUCCGUGUCAGCCCUUGGCGGGUACCCGCAGCUCCCUCAUCCUGCUCCUGGCUGGUACUCGGGAGUUUUCCAGGCGCCGGAGCCGGUGCGGCCGCCGCGCUGCCCCUCGCCCCUCCGGCCAGCGGCCGGCCCCGAGCGCACCUCGGAGCGGGAGACGCAGACGGCAGAGCUGUCCCUGACCGUGGUGGCGGCCGUGCAGGCGGUGGAGCGCAAGGUGGAUUCCCACUCCACCCGCCUGCUGGACCUGGAGGGUCGGACGGGGAUGGCGGAGAAGAAGCUGAUCGACUGUGAGAAGACGGCGGCGGAGCUGGGGAACCAGCUGGAGAGCAAGUGCGCGGCGCUGGGCACCCUCAUCCAGGAGUACGGGCUGCUCCAGCGGCGCCUGGAGAACAUGGAGAACCUGCUGAAGAACAGGAACUUCUGGAUCCUGCGGCUGCCCCCGGGCAGGAAGGGGGAAGUGCCCAAGGUGCCGGUGACCUUUGAUGACGUGUCCGUCUAUUUCAAUGACAAGGAAUGGGAGAAGCUGGAGGAGUGGCAGAAGGAGCUGUACAAGAAUGUGAUGAAGGGGAACUACGAGUCUCUGAUCUCCCUGGACUAUGCAAUUUCCAAACCUGGUGUUUUGUCUCAGAUCGAGCAAGGGGAGGAAUCGCGGGGCAGGAACGAGCAGGACCUGGAGGAGAGUGAGAUCAUUACUGAUGCCACGGCAGCUGGAAUAAGGGUUGUGAUCAAAACGGAGGAGCUCCUCCCUGAAGACAGCCCUGAGAACCCCGAGCUGCACGGGAUGUCGGGGCAGUCCGAGGGCAGCUUCCAGAGCCCGGACGAGGAAGCAGCCUGCGAGAGCCCCUACGGCUCCGUGUCCCCGCCGAGGGACCUCCCGGGGACCAGCCUGGGGGACUCGUCCGAGUACGGAGCCGACUUCAACGAGAUCCAGAGGGUCAUCGUCCACCACGGGAGCUGCACGGAGGAUGGGAUCGUGAUCAAGACGGAAGAGGAGGAGGAGGAGGAGGAGGAUGACCCCGACGCGCUGGAGCCGUGCGCCAUGUUCUCGGGCCGGAGCGAGCCGCCGGCGUUCCCCAGCCACGAGGCCGGGCUGGGCUGCGAGGCGCACUGCAGCUCCAAGGCGCAGCCCCGCAGCCUGGCCGCCCGCGUCAGGAAGCCGUCAGCCUGCGAGAGGGACUCCGGGGACGUGAAGCCGGCCAGCGGCCAGCAGCGGAACCGGACGCGGGAGAGACCCUACAUCUGCCCCGAGUGCGGGAAGAGCUUCAUGCUCAAGAUCAACUUCAUGAUCCACCAGCGCAACCACCUCAAGGAAGGGCCCUACGAGUGCCACGAGUGCGACCUCAGCUUCCGCAACAAGCAGCAGUUCCUGCUGCACCAGCGCAGCCACACGCGCCGCGGCGUGGGGGUCCCGCGGCGCCCCGAGCACGGCCUCAAGCCCCCGUCGCGGCCCCCGCCCCCGGGGAAGCCCUACAAGUGCUCCGAGUGCGAGAGCAGCUUCAGCCACAAGUCGAGCCUCAGCAAACACCAGAUCACCCACGUCGGGGAGCGGCCCUUCACCUGCGGCGAGUGCCGGAGGAGCUUCCGCCUGCAGAUCAGCCUGCUCAUGCACCAGAGGAUCCACGCGGGCAAGAACGAGAUGGCCUUCCUGUGCCCCCAGUGCGGCAAGAACUUCACCCGGCCCUCCCACCUGCUGCGGCACCAGCGGACUCACACCGGCGAGCGGCCCUACCAGUGCAGCCAGUGCGAGAAGACCUUCAGCGAGAAGUCCAAGCUCACCAACCAUUACCGCAUCCACACGCGGGAGCGCCCGCACGCCUGCGCCGUCUGCGGGAAGGGCUUCAUCCGCAAGCACCACCUCCUGGAGCACCAGCGCAUCCACACGGGCGAACGGCCCUACCACUGCACCGAGUGCGGCAAGAACUUCACGCAGAAGCAUCACCUCCUGGAGCACCAGCGGGCGCACACCGGCGAGCGGCCCUACCCCUGCACCGAGUGCACCAAGUGCUUCCGCUACAAGCAGUCGCUCAAGUACCACCUGAGGACGCACAUGGGAGAGUGAGGGGCUGCCGAGGCUUCCUCUCCCUCCCUCCUUCCAUCCCUCCCUCCAUCCCUCCCUUCCCCCUCGUCCUCCUUCUCCUCCACUGAUCUCUCGCACCCUCCCUCCAUCCGUCUCCCCCCACCCCGGCUCAGGGCAUGGACAUCAAGGAAGCUUUGUGUGGUAGCGCCGCUGGUCUGGUGGAGACUCGGCUGAUUGGAAAUAAAUUAAUGAAUUAAAGCAAG